AGGCGGGUGUGAGCUGCUUGUUGGUGCAGAGCCCUGGCAAAGCGGGGCACGGCAGCCUGAGUCUCUUCGGUGGAGCACGGCUACUCUCCGGUGUCAGUCCCUUCCCCGCAGGGCGCAGGGCGGAGACACCCUGCUUUUCUGGAUGACUUUGAGCGAACCCCGUGACUCUGCGCGUGCGUCUUCCCAUCUGUAGCGUUUGCAGCCGGAGCCAGAGAAUUCGGAAGGGGUAGGGCCUGGGGCUGCGCGCCGGCGAUCCCAGCAUUUGAGCGGCGGAGGCAGGAGGAUUGUGUGGUUCAAGUCGGCUCUUGCUACGAAAACGUAAACUAAAGAGCAGGCCUGUGGGAUCUGCAAGCUCACCACCGGGCUAAGGACGCCAGGCAGUUCCUAGUUGUAAUGCCCAGUUUCCUUCGUAGACGAGUCUGUGGCACGCGGGUGGAGGACUGAGCCCGGGCCCCCCUCGCGUGGCCAUUCAUCUUCACGGCUGUGAAGGGGCGGCGGGAUGGACAGGUUCCUGAUGAAGCCUGACCAGGACGACCUCGGAGAGGAAAGGGAGGAGCCAGCCCGGUCCGGAGGAGCCUCGGGCGGCCAGCCGAGCCCCAGCUGGCGGCACCUUCGCCGGCAAGGUCUGGAUUGUGAUUACACUGUCCUGUUUGGCAAAGCCGAGGCAGACGAGAUCUUCCGAGAGUUGGAGCAAGAAGUGGAGUAUUUUACCGGUGCUCUGGCCAAGGUCCAGGUGUUUGGAAAGUGGCACAGCGUUCCCCGGAAGCAGGCGACCUACGGAGACGCUGGGCUGACAUACACCUUUUCCGGUCUCACGCUGACACCGAAGCCCUGGAUUCCAGUUCUAGAGCGUGUUCGAGAGCGAAUCUGCAGGGUGACAGGACAGAUCUUCAACUUCGUGCUCAUCAACAGGUACAAAGAUGGCUACGACCACAUCGGUGAGCACAGGGAUGAUGAACGAGAGCUGGCCCCCGGGAGUCCCAUCGCAUCUGUCUCCUUCGGGGCUUGCAGAGACUUCCUCUUCCGGCACAAAGACUCUCGAGGGAAGAGGCCUCGGCGGACAAUGGAGGUCGUCAGGCUGCAGCUGGCCCACGGAAGCCUACUGAUGAUGAACCACCCCACUAACACCCACUGGUACCACAGUCUCCCUAUCCGCAAGAAGGUCCUGGCUCCUCGGGUCAAUUUGACUUUUCGGAAAAUUUUACCUAGUAAAAAAUAAAGCAUGUUUUAUUAUUUUUGU